UGCUCGCCCCUUUGACUACGUAUGCCGCGACCUACGACGCGGACAUCUACACGGUCAGCAACAUGCUGGCCACCUUACUGGGCGGGUUAGAGUUGGCCGACUGCGCGUUAAGCCUGCUGAAACCGAAUCACCCCCAACUGGGGGCAGCGCAACGAGCUUGGCUACUGGCCGCGGAAAACGAGGUCACCAGAGACGCCAUUUGCGAAGCAGAUAUGACGGAGGCAAUGUGGGCGAAAGGCUACGGCCCACAACUGGGCUGCCUUUGGCGCCUGCUGGAACGGGUGGACGAUACGACGGCGAUUGGGAGUAGCGACUGCCCGGAGCGAGCGCGAAAAGGAACGCUAGGCAUUGACCCCAGUCGGAUCGGAUCGGACGAGGGAUCGCGCGGAACAGAAGGUGAACCCGAGACAAAAACCCUAACUCUCGAGCUAGACGGCGAGGACGCUGGCACUUGGUGCGACCCGGAAGAAGACGCGCUGCUGUUGUUCUUUAAGAAAGUGCCGGUCGCCAACAACCCCCAGACUGAGAUCGCGUUGCCCGCGCCACCAGAGACGGACCUACCACGCGCAGCAGAACAGCUGAACCGGGCAUGGCUCGGUAUCACCGCAGCAACACUGGCUGAGACCCCGGACACGCAGCUGAUGCAGGAAGCGACGUUCGAACAGGAAGUACGAAUUUGGGGUGGGGCGAGCGACAAGACCACACAACCAACCCCCCUAGAGGUAACGCCCUGA